GCCUCUCCCAAAAGGAUUCCUCGCUCCUGCGCUGCCUCCCGCUGCCCCCGCAUGACAGACGAAGAAGGAUUCAGUAUCAAGUGCCACGCCACCCUCGAUUCCAGCGGCACCAAGCUCGACAACGACGCGCCCCCACCUCCAGGUUUGAUAGCCUGGCACGAGGCGCGCUCAAAUCUUAGAGCGCCGGCCGACGCGCAUACCUGGACGCUCGCCGACGUGAACCUUUAUUUCCUCAGCGGCGGUAGCAUCAGACCAUGCGCGACAGCGUAGUACUAACGCUCGCGGCCGCGCCGCUCGUCGCCGCGACGUGGGCGCUGCGCCUCGCGUGCGAAUCGGAGGAGGCGCGCGAAUCGGAGGAGGGCGUCUGCCACGGCUACCUGGCCCACCCGACGCUGACGCUGCAUACGUUAAUCUUUCUCACCUACGUCCUCGGCUUCUGGGCCCACUCGCUCGUCGCGGGCUCGACGUGGCUCCUCGACGCGGCGCGGCCGCUCCUUCCUAUCAGCAUACAGCUCUACUACCUCUCGCACCCGCGGGCGGUCCAUUCGGAACGCAUGGUCAUCGGCGCGGCACUAAUAAUCAUGUGGGCGCUGCGCCUCUUCCGCGCGCACGGCCGGCGCUACGAGUGGGCGCUGAGCUCAAAAGAGGACUGGCGCCGGGCGGACCUGCGCGAGGCCUUCGGGAAAUGGUGGCCCGCCGCGUCGCUGCCCGUGGCGUUCAUCGCCGAGCAGGGCGCCGCGUGCGCGCGUUGUUUGCCGCUGCGGAGCCUCGCGGGCUUCGCGGGCGCCGGUGUGCCGUUCCUGCCGUCCUUCGAGGACGAGAGUGACGACGUCGCCGCGUUAAAUGUGGAUGCGCCGCUCGGCCUCGCCGACACGGGGGCGCUCGCGGUCGCCCUGGUCGGCCUCGCCCUCGCCUUCAAGGCCGACGAGGAAUUGCUAACGUAUAUCCGCUCGGCGGACAAGAAAAAGCCGCCGGUCUACACCGAGGGCCUCUGGCGGCUGAGCCGCCACCCGAACCGCCUCGGGGAGCACCUCUGGUGGCUCGCGCUGGCUGGUGCCGCCUGCUGCGCGAAUGGCGGCUUCUGCCCGACGGCGCUGGGGCCCCUCAUUGUUUGCUUCGGCGACGCGUCCGUGGACAUUCCGCUUUUAGAUAGGCACGUGGCGAUGCGUCGCGAGCGCAUCAAGGCCUGGAUGGCCUACGCCGAGCGGGUCCCGGCGCUCUGGCCGACGCCGGGGUCGGUCCUGCGGUUCUUCAAGCCGGCGGCGUCGGAGGCGAAGAAGGGGGAGUAAGGAUCGAAAAAUUGUU